UCGUUGCAUAACGCAUAAGUGCUCACUUAGAUAGGCAGAAAACGCAUUUGACAUAAUACCUUGCUCGGAAAUAGUUUGAACUUUUCAUAAAGUAAUCUAUCAAAACACGUGAUGAAAUAGGUGCAGUGAUAUUAUAUAUUUGCUGAACACAGGAUAAUUAAUCUCUUGGUCAAAGAUUGGUGAACUACAAUGGAAUUUAAACACUUAUUACUAACCUUUGUUAUUUUUACAUUUGUAUCAUUGUUAAAUAGCAUAGAAUAUAAAAAUUGCCAACCAGGUAUUGCUGAGGUAUUGGAUGUCAAAGUCAGCAACUGUGAUGGUGAGAAACGAUGUCCGCUGUAUCAAGGAAGUGACGUUAUCAUUGGAAUAUCAUUUACACCAACAUCUGACAUUGAAAAAGUCGUUACUGAGCUGCAUGGUGUGCUAAAUGGAAUACCUGCCCCCUUUAAAAAUCCAAACAAAGAUGGAUGCCAUGAGAGUGGUCUUAUAUGUCCACUGAUUGCCAAUAAAUCACAGUAUUAUAAUAGUUCAAUAUUCAUUAAAAAGUGGUACCCUACAAUAGACGUAGGUGUUAAAUAUCAAUUAAAGGACGGAAAUGGUACAGUAAUAUUGUGCGUAGAGAUACCUUCAACGAUCAAAAAUGAAAAGCAAAAUUGAAUUUGUUUUAUGAGAAAAUUUCAUGGUUUCAUGAAACAUACCAUACAUAUAUAUCAACUAUUUAAAAUGUUAUUAUUUUAAGGGAAUAUUUCCAUGUUUUCAGGUGUAUGGUAGCAACAAUGAAUAAAAUUAAUGUUUCAUUAUGUUCUGCUAUAAUAUCUUUCCCCAUUUUUAUAUUUGCCUAUUAUCUUCACUUGACAUAAAAUGAAGACUGGUCCAUUUUUUUUUCAAUGUAUGUUUUACAAAUAAUUUGUUUAUAAUAAUUUUU